AUGUCGGCGCUCUUGUGGUUACGUGGUGCAGGGGCGGGCUUCGACAUGCGGCCCGCGCACCCACACACCGUAUCCGUGCACCACGGGCGACUGAGACACCCACACACCGGAGUAUACACACGUGACCUCAACACAGCAACCCACACACCGAGAGACACUGCCACCGUGCACCCACAGCCGUGCACCCAGCCAGGCAGACAACCACGUGACCCAGGCUCCUGGCUCCGGCCCAUCGCCCUGUUCAACGUCUCCACCGUCUCCCCGCCCAGUUCCCCGCCCCCACGCCGACUCCGUGGCCCGCAACCAACCCAGCUAGCCCGGCGGCUACUACCCCGCUGGCAAGCCCCCCUCUCAACAACGCCGCCCGCCAACCUCUUGCCAAUGGCCCGCCGACUCCAGCCCGUGCGCCGUGACACAACCGCCCCGGAGCUCCAGCCGCGCAGCCGGCCCAGUCACGUGACGCCACCCCCACGCCAAAUUCCCGGGACCCUUGCUUCGCUUUCUUCGCGUUCCCUACGCCGCGCUCGGAUUUCUCCAGACAGGUACACAAUUCCGCUGUUGCACCGAGCGGUCCCCGCGUCCCCGCGUCCCCGCGCCACCAACCUUACUCUGAAGCAUCUGGGCUCCGCGCUCGGCGUUCGAUGUGCUAGUCCCGAGGGCGUGCCGCUCAAAGCAACUGCUUUAGGCACCUCCGCACAAGGCACUCCAAAACGCGAUCCCACGCCCGGCCCGCCGAUCGCUGGACAACCGGCUCUAUGA